CUACGACCCCACGGGCAAGGCUCGUUACCUAGAGGUGUGUAAGAUGUUCGACGUGGUUCCGGUGUCCUACUUCCUCAGGAACGUGCACAGUCCAGAACUGUCCAUGAUGCACCACGGACUCGGCCCUCAGCAAAGCCCUGGCUGUUCCCUUGGUAACCAACACCUCCAUUCUGAAGCUGAAUCUGCGAGAUAAUGGAAUGGAGGGAGAAGGUGGAGCCGCCAUAGCUGACAUGCUGAAGGAGAACCUUUACAUCACAGAAAUAGAUCUUUCAGAGAACAGGCUCGGCGAGUAUGGGAUAAAAGCUCUGGCCAGCAUGCUGCUCGAGAACACCUCCCUCAUCUCCCUUAACCUUUCUGGGAACCAUCUGGACGAGCGAGCGGCUAAACACCUGGCUCUGGUGCUGAACAAAAACCAGCACCUGCAGCAUCUGGAUUUGAGCCACAACCGUCUGGGAGAAGCAGCAGGGGAAAUUCUGGGUCCCGCUAUAGCCGAGAACACGGGAAUGAAGUCGCUCAGUCUGGCCUGGAACUGCAUUCGUGGAAAAGGCGCCGUCGCUUUAGCUAAAGGCCUCGCGGCUAACAUAUUCUUACAAACUGUGGACUUAUCUUACAACGGACUGGCCAGAGAGGGAGCGACGGCUCUCGGGGAAGGGCUGAAAGACAACAACACGCUGGAGGAACUCAAUAUCAGCAUCAACCGCAUCCCUCCUGAAGGAGCGGUCCACAUAGCCGUGGGUCUCAAAGCAAACAACAACCUGAGGAUUCUUAGAAUGGCACGGAAUCCUGUCCGCUCUGCCGGAUGUCUUGCGGUGCUCAAAGCGGUUCAAGGAAACCCUUCAUCUUCAAUGGAGUAUCUGGACUUCUCUGACAUCAGCGUGGACCAAGAGUUUGAAGAGUUGCUCAAUUCACUCAAAGAUACGCUACCAAACUUCCGAGUGAAACACGGCGGAACAAUAAGAGCUUUCCAAAAACCUUAAGAGCUGACCUCUACUAGAGCGUCCGAUUCUAAUCUGAUGAGCUGAUGUGUCUUGUGAAUAGAAGAAGAAGAAGAAGAAGAGCAGCAUGGAUGUCCGUUCUCGACUGUUUAACAGGGUUAGUGAGCAGCAGCACCUGCUGUGUGUAAUAGGAACAGCUGCUGAACACAGUCAUGUUCUCACAGUCGCGUUCUCACAGUCGGUUCUCACAGUCACGUUCUCACAGUCACGUUCUCACAGUCACGUUCUCACAGUCGGUUCUCA